UGAACGGUCCAAAACAAAACCUCAUCCAAAACCAGAUUAAACCGGGACACUUUCCUCUCUUCUUUCCCAACUUCAUCAAUGGCUUCUGCUUCUGUUUCAUCACUAUCCACCAUUUUUUCUUCUUCAAAUUCUAAACCACUUUCUUCCACCAAACCUAAACCAUCAUCAUCAUCAUCAUUAUCUCCAUUGUUUCUUCAGUCAUCUUCAAGAAGACAAUUCCUCAAAGGAUCCUCCACUGUAUUACUACCCUUAACAACUCUAAUUCCAUUGCAUUCGCCUUCGGUUUCACUCGCUAAAGAGGUGGAAGUCGGUUCGUAUCUUCCGCUAUCGAGUUCUGAUCCUAGUUUUGUUCUGUUUCAAGCGUCUUCUAAGGAUACUCCCGCUCUUCGUGCAGGAAAUGUGCAGCCAUACAAGUUUGUCUUACCACCAACAUGGAAGCAAUUGCGUAUCGCUAACAUAUUAUCUGGAAAUUACUGCCAGCCAAAAUGUGCCGAGCCUUGGAUUGAGGUGAAAUUCGAGGACGAAAGGCAGGGCAAAGUUCAAGUGGUGGCUUCACCGUUAAUUCGUUUGACCAAUAAACCUAACGCAACACUUGAAGAUAUAGGCAGCCCAGAAAAGGUUAUCGGGUCUCUUGGCCCAUUUGUUACAGGAAAUACUCUUGAUUUGGAUGAAGAACUAGUUGAAACAUCAGUCGAAAAGAUUGGAGACCAAACGUACUACAGGUAUGUUUUGGAGACCCCCUUUGCAUUAACUGGUUCACACAACAUUGCAAAGGCUACAGCAAAGGGAAACACUGUGAUCUUAUUUGUUGCUAGUGCCACUGAUAAACAAUGGCCCACAUCCCAGAAGACUCUGAAAGCUAUAGUAGAUUCCUUCCAGGUGUAAUCUUUUUCUUCAUGCAAGUAUAUACUAGUAACUAUGUCAAUUUGAUUUUUUUUUUUUGUAUAAACAAUAUUUUGUAAUGUUUCCAUAAUAGAGCUAAAGUAAUGGCAGCAAUAGAUGUUUUUUUUUUUU